AUGGGCAACGACGAAUGGAGCUUCGUCAAGCUGCUCCCCUUCCUGAGGCGCAUCGAAACCGACACCGAUUUCCCCGGCGAUGACUUCCACAACUCCGAUGGCCCCAUCAUCGCCCGCCGCUUCAAGCGCGAGGAGCUGCUGCCCGACCAGUCGGCCUUCUACCAGGCAUGCCGCGACGAGGGCUUCGCCGACGUCCCCGACCACAACCACCCGGAAGCCACCGGCGUCGGACCCGUGCCCUUCAACAACCCCAACGGCAUCCGCUGGAGCACGGCACUGGGUUACCUCGACCCGGCCCGUCACCGGCUCAACCUGACCAUCCGCCCAACUGCCUCACCCGCCGCGUCAUCUUCGAGGGCAAGAAGGCCGUCGGCGUCGAGGUCGAGAGUGGCGGCGAGCGGUUCACCGUAG